AUGACUAUGGGUAGUUUUUCAAAAACCAAGAGUCAUUUCCACAUCCGAUCAAUUAGUUUGCCUUGCAGAUCACACCCUAGCACGGUUAGAAUUGAGGAGGAGCUGAACAAGAUCAAGACAUGGGAAUCAUCGUCUACACCAACUGCAGAGGCAAUUAGCAAUGGUCUAUCAAGAUUGGAAGACUUGAACAAGUGCAUGCAAGAUCUUCUCAACUUGCCACUUACCCAACAAGCCCUCUCUCACCACCACCAUGAGAAAUGGAUCGGUGACUUGCAAGAUGGAUUCGUGAGCCUUUUGGAUAUUUGUGGCACUGAAAGGGAUGUCAUGACACAAAUCAAGGAACAUGUUAGAGAUCUUCAAUCCGCUCUCAGAAGGAGAAAAGGAGAUUCAAGCAUUGAAAUCAGCAUUGCUAAAUACACUUGCUUUAGGAAGAACACCAAGAAGGAUGCCAAGAAGUUGAUUGCAGUGAUGAAGCAUAUGGACAACAAAAUUGAGGCCACACCACUGCUAGAGCUAGAUCAGCACAUCUCAUCACUGAUUAAAGCACUGAGAGAAGUUGUUGCAGCUAGCAUCUCUAUACUCCAUUCAGUUCUCUUGUUCUUGUCCAUGCCUAUUUUGAAAUCAAAGUCAACAAGGUGGUCACUGGUUUCAAAAUUGGUCCAGAAAGGGGAGGUGGCUUGUGAAAAUCAGGAGAAUGUGAAUGAGUUGGAAAGUGUAGAUGUUGCAUUGCACAGCUUAUGCAGAAGUGAUUCAAAUGAAGGGGAUAAGAUGCAAAGUGCACAGAACAGCCUCAAGUCUUUGGAGACUAGAAUUGAAGAUGUUGAGAAUGUUUUGGAGUGCUUGUUUAGGCGGUUCGUUAAAGCAAGGGCCACUCUUCUAAACAUAGUCUCUCACCAAUUGUGA